GCCCGGUUUCGUGACAGUGUGUGGACUCUGUCCACUCUUCCACCCCCAAGGCAGCGUUGAUUGUUUAGGCGAUAAACCGGUCACAAAGGCAUCUAUAGGGCUUGAUUGAUUACUUUCCAGAGAGGAAGAAAGGCCUAAUAAAGCAGGAGGGGGGUGGGCUCUGUGCGCCUGUCACCAUGGAGACGCAGGAAGCAAAGUGAUCAUUAAAACCUCUCUCCACCAGAAGGCAAUUUUCACUUCACAGGGAGAAGUCUGGGCUUCUGAAAUGUAGGGUUCAAAAAAAGAAUGAAAGCUGGUGUUUUGGUAUCAAGCCACAGGACUCAGUUUUGUAUCUUAGAGAAGCACAAUUCCUUCGUAGAUUCUGUUUUGAUAACAAGUUGCUUUGCCUGCCUUUGAAGACUUAUUCUCUCUAAAUGCAAAGAGCCCAAAUGGGGACUUGAUCAUGUUAAAUGGUGGGCAUCAAAGUAGAGAUAAUCCCUGGGGCCCGGGUGAAGGCUGGCUUUGUGGGGAGGGAUUCCUUCACUGAACACAUCAGAGCUUCCUGAUAAACUGCCUGCAAGGACCCAUUACAGGCAGCUGUGUGGGCACUGGAGCCCCCAUUAGAAAAUUUAAACAAUAAACCCAUGCAAAUCCGGAAGAUUUCUUUGUUAGAACAAUUGACACUGUGUCACUUGGUCAAACUGAGGUUCCAGCCUGAAGAAAUCUCUGACUUUUCUCUAUCUGGGAGGGCAGGUUAAUUUCCUUAGAGUUUCAAGCAGAGGCUGCCCUGGCAGACCCUUAAGGCUUUAAUUAAUCCUUUUAUUAGGAAUGUGUGAUUCAGCCUUCAGCCCUCCAUGAUGGAUUGCCUUUCUCUGGGUUGGAGAGGCCAAUCCUCCACUGUUCCAAUCAUGGAAGUUGAGUAGCUCUUCAUGAGAAUCCUUCUCAGCUCCCUUUGUCUCCCUGGCAGUAAAAGGAAGCAAACUUGAAAUGGAAAUUAUGGAGGACUUGGCUUUUUGGCUGUCUAUGAGAUGGACCAAACGCCUCCGGCGCGUCCUGAAUAUCUGGUCUCAGGGAUUCGAACUCCCCCUGUGAGGAGGAACAGCAAACUGGCCACCCUGGGCAGGAUCUUCAAACCCUGGAAAUGGAGGAAAAAGAAAAACGAAAAACUGAAGCAGACCACGUCAGCGCUGGAGAAGAAGAUGGCCGGCAGGCAAGGCCGAGAGGAGCUCAUCAAGAAGGGGCUGCUGGAGAUGAUGGAGCAGGAUGCUGAAAGCAAAACGUGCAACCCUGAUGGAGGACCCCGAUCCGUGCAGAGUGAACCACCUACUCCCAAGCCGGAGAUGCCGACUUCAGAAGAUGCCCAGCCCGGAAGCCCCUCGGCCACUGGGACGGACCAGGUCUCCCUGGAUGAGCCACUGUCCUCAGCCGCCCACUUGGACGAUGCAGCAGCCAAGAUGCCAUCUGCGUCCAGUGGUGAAGAAGCAGAUGCUGGCAGCCUCCUGCCCACCACCGAUGAGCUCUCCCAAGCCUUAGCUGGGUCUGACUCCCUGGACAGUCCUCCCAGGCCUCUGGAGAGAUCCGUGGGCCAGCUGCCCAGCCCACCACUGCUGCCCACUCCGCCACCCAAGGCAAGCUCCAAAACCACAAAAAAUGUCACAGGCCAAGCCGCGCUCUUCCAAGGCUCCAGCAUAAAGAGUGCCGACCCUCCCCUCCGGGGGCAGCUCUCCACACCCACGGGGUCUCCGCAUCUCACCACGGUCCACCGGCCACUGCCCCCCAGCCGCGUCAUUGAGGAGCUGCACAGAGCGCUGGCCACGAAGCAUCGCCAGGACAGUUUUCAAGGAAGGGAAAGUAAAGGGUCUCCAAAGAAACGAAUGGACGUCCGUCUGUCGAGAACGUCCAGCGUGGAGCGGGGCAAGGAGAGGGAGGAGGCUUGGAGCUUUGACGGGGCCUUGGAGAACAAGCGAACUGCAGCUAAGGAGUCCGAGGAGAACAAGGAGAACCUGAUCCUGAAUUCUGAACUCAAGGACGACUUGCUUUUGUAUCAGGACGAGGAGGCACUGAACGAUUCCAUUAUUUCUGGAACACUACCACGGAAAUGCAAGAAGGAACUCCUGGCCGUGAAACUAAGGAACCGGCCCAGCAAACAAGAACUAGAAGACCGGAACAUUUUCCCCAGAAGGACUGAUGAAGAAAGACAGGAGAUCCGGCAGCAGAUCGAGAUGAAGCUCUCCAAACGGCUGAGCCAAAGACCUGCUGUGGAAGAGCUGGAGAGAAGAAAUAUCUUGAAACAAAGGAAUGAUCAGACAGAGCAGGAAGAAAGAAGAGAAAUCAAACAAAGAUUGACAAGAAAGCUUAAUCAGAGACCCACCGUUGAUGAAUUAAGAGACAGAAAAAUUCUGAUACGAUUCAGUGAUUACGUGGAAGUAGCAAAAGCGCAGGACUAUGACAGGAGGGCAGACAAACCCUGGACAAGACUGUCAGCAGCAGAUAAGGCAGCAAUUCGUAAAGAAUUAAAUGAGUACAAAAGUAAUGAAAUGGAGGUACAUGCAUCAAGCAAGCACUUGACAAGAUUCCAUAGGCCAUAGAGAUUUUCUUCUGAGAAGAAUUUGUGUUUAAUUUUUUGAUACCAACACUGAACAUUCAUCAGGGAACUUUCCUGAAGUUCAGCUCAAGACUACCUGCUGUGUUUGUGAGAAGAGCAGGAUCACACACACAGGUGCAAUCUUGGCCACACUUACCUGCAAGAGGAGUAACCAGAGGACACACUUCCUUCCUUCUUUGGUGUCUGAGGAGUGUGAACUGUUGGGGUCAGUUAAGACCCAACAUAACUCUAUCAGAAGAAAACUGUUGUUUGCCUUUCAACCUUGUUUUACAGUUCUGCGGUGUAAUGGAGGACGGGCAACGUGCAUGUGCAGGCUCACCACGCCCAGGCCUCUGACAUGAGGGACAUGUGACAGUGUCAUUCAGUAUUGUGUUCAAAAAAGACAUUUUUAUCCUGAUCACAAUUAAUUUGAAAACUCUAAUUUCAUGUUAUACAAAAUGAUUUACUGUAUUAUACUUUUCCUUUUUUAUAUAAUGUCUAACAAAAUAUACAGCUGCAACAUUUUGAUUCCUGUUAAUUUUGGUCUUUAAUUAAAUGACUACUUAUUGCAGGAAAUUAA